UUAAAAAGGGGGGCGAUAAUGCACCAUGGCAACGGUCCUCAGAAUGUCCCGCAUCAGCUGCAGAGGUCCAGGGCCUUCGUGGGCAGCGAGGAAGAGCAGCAGGCCCACCCAGUGCCACCCCAGUCCCCUGCCACGCCCUUGGCGCCGUCGGCGAGCCCAUCCGCACCCCAGUCACCCACUUACCAAGUUCAGCAGCUGAUGACUAGGAGUCCUGCGGCGGGGCAGCACGUGAACAUCACCCUGCAGAACGUGGGGCCAGUGGUGGCAGGAAACCCCCAGGUCACACUCGCCCCCCUGCCACUCCCCACCCCCACCUCUCCAGGGUUUCAGUUCGGCGGCCAGCAGAAGCGCUUUGAGCAUGGAUCACCACCUUACAUCCAGGUGACCUCGCCACUGCCCCAGCAGGUGCAGACUCACAGCCCCACGCAGCCCAGCCCUGGGCCGGCCCUGCAGGGCGGGCGGGCGGGCGCCCCGGGCCCAGGCCUGGGCCUCUGCAGCAGCAGCCCCACAGGGAGCUUCGUGGACACCAGCGUGCUGGUGAGGCAGAUCAGCUUGAGCCCGUCCAGCGCUGGGCACUUUGUGUUUCAGGACGGCUCGGGCCUGGCCCAGAUGGCGCAGGGAGCCCAGGUCCAGCUGCAGCACUCAGGGGCUUCCCUCGCUGUCCGAGAACGGAGGCUCUCCCAGCCCCACGCGCAGUCCGGAGGGACCAUCCACCACUUGGGGCCCCAGAGCCCCGCUGCCGCAGGGGGGGCCAGCCUACAGCCCCUGAGCAGCCCAGGCCACAUCACCACGGCAAGCCUGCCACCCCAGAUCAGCAGCAUCAUCCAAGGGCAGCUGAUCCAGCAGCAGCAAGUGCUGCCAGGGCCACCGCUCAGCAGACCGCUGCUCUCGGGGGUGGGGGUGGGGGUAGGGGGGGCGUCGGCGUUUGGGAUGACGUCCCCGCCACCUCCCAGCAGCCCUUCCAGGACAGUGGUGCCUCCCAGCCUCUCCAGCCUUCCCCUCACAUCUGCGGCAAGUGCAGGAGUGAGAAAGGCUCCCAAGAAGCUAGAGGAGGUGCCCCCGGCCUCCCAGGAGCUGGCUCAGAUGCGGAAGCAGUGCCUGGACUACCACCACAGGGAGAUGGAGGCGCUCAGAGAGGCCUUCAAGGAGUAUCUGAUCGAACUCUUCUUCCUGCAACACCUUCAAGGGAACAUGAUGGAUUUCCUGGCCUUCAAGAAGAAACAUUAUGCCCCACUACAGGCUUAUCUUAGGCAGAAUGAUUUGGACCUGGAGGAGGAGGAGGAGGAAGAAGAAGAGGAAGAGGAGGAAGAAGAGAAGUCUGAGGUCAUCAAUGAUGAGGUAAAGGUUGUGACAGGAAAGGAUGGGCAGACUGGUACUCCUGUUGCUAUAGCAACCCAGCUUCCGCCAAAUGUUUCUGCUGCUUUUUCAUCCCAGCAGCAACCAUUUCAGCAGCAAGCCCUCCCAGGAGCCCUGGUGGCAGGGGCUACAGGUGCAGUAGAAACGGAUCCCUUUAAGAGGCAGCAGGCGGGUCCCCCUUCAGAGCAGUCUAAGAGACCUCGACUUGAAGUGGGUCACCAAGGGGUGGUUCUACAACACCCAGGGGUGAACACAGGAGUCCCUCUCCAGCAGUUAAUGCCAACAGUGCAAGGAGGAAUGCCUCCCGCUCCGCAGUCAGCUCAGCUGGUGGGGCAGAAACAAAGUCAGCAGCAGUACGACUCAUCCACGGGGCCACCAGUGCAGAAUGCUGCCAGCCUGCACACCCCUCCACCCCAGCUUCCCGGCAGGCUGCCCCCUGCCGGCCUCCCUUCUGCCCCCCUGCCAGCCACACUGCAGUUUUCACAGCCGUCGCAGAUGGGAGAGCCCCCACCACAGCUCCAAAUCCCAGUGAAGACGCAGCCGCCCCAUGCCCCUGUCCCCACACCCCCACCCAGCCAACUCCCAGCUCCCGUGCAGGCCACCCAGCCAGCCCCCCAUGGCCCGAUGCCCGGGAAGGCCCAGCUACAGAACCCUCAGCUGCCAUCCCAGCCCCAGGUGGUAGCGUCCAGACCGCCUGCAGACCCUACUCAGCCUUGCCAGCGCCCCCUACCUUCUUCUUCGACCUCUCCCAUGGUUCCAGGGGGUGGCGCCGGCCCAGGACCCGUGCCAGCUCGGGCCUCCCCAGUGAGCAGACCCUCUUCUGCAACCAAUAAGUCGCUGUCCCCAGUCACCUCCCGGUCCCCAGGAGCAGCAGUAUCUGCUGCCCCGAAGCCACAGAGCCCAGCCCAGAGUGCUGCCCCACCCCAAGACAGCUCUCAGGACAAACUGGCAGAGCAGAUCGCGCUGGAGAACCAGACCCACCAGCGGAUUGCAGAUCUGAGGAAAGAAGGCUUGUGGUCGCUGCGGCGGUUGCCCAAACUGCAGGAGGCCCCUCGGCCCAAGUCUCACUGGGACUACCUGCUAGAGGAGAUGCAGUGGAUGGCUGCCGACUUCGCCCAGGAGCGGCGCUGGAAGGUGGCAGCGGCCAAGAAGCUGGUCAGGACCGUAGCACGCCAUCACGAGGAGAAGCAGCUUCGUGAGGAGAGAGGAAAGAAGGAGGAACAGAACCGGCUGAGACGGAUUGCUGCCUCAACUGCUAGAGAAAUAGAGUAUUUUUGGUCAAAUAUUGAACAGGUGGUGGAAAUAAAACUACAGGUAGAAUUAGAAGAAAAAAGGAAGAAGGCCUUAAGUUCGCAGAAAGGUUCCAGGAGAGGUAAAGACUCGAGACCCAAGGGACUUAAUGUGCUGCCUGAGAACUUUUUGGAUUCAGGAAUGUCUGGAAGAAAAAGAAAAGCCAGCACAUCUCUGACUGAUGAUGAAGUUGAAGAUGAGGAAGAGACCAUUGAGGAGGAAGAAGCCCACGAAGGGGCUGUGGAUCACCAGACAGAACUGUCCAAUUUGGCCAAAGAAGCGGAGCUGCCCCUGAUCGAUCUGCUGAAACUGUAUGAAGGUGCCUUCCUGCCCAGCUUCCAGUGGCCCCAGCCUGCCCCCGACAGUGAGGAGACGAGUGAGGAGGAAGAGGCAGAAGGCGACCGUGAGAGCCGGAAGGACGUGGUGCUCAUUGAUUCGUUAUUCAUCAUGGACCAGUUUAAAGCUGCAGAGAGGAUGAGUGUUGGGAAGCCACAUACCAAGGAUGUGGCAGAAGUGACUGCGGUGGCUGAAGCUGUCCUCCCCAAGGGCAGUGCUCGCAUCAGCAGCACGGUGAAGUUGAGUGUCCCACCCCUCCUAUAUGGAGUGCUCAGAGACUACCAGAAGAUCGGCCUGGACUGGCUGGCCAAGCUCUACCGCAAGAACCUGAAUGGCAUCCUGGCUGAUGAAGCAGGGCUCGGCAAGACCGUGCAGGUCAUAGCUUUCUUUGCCCACCUUGCUUGUAAUGAAGGCAACUGGGGUCCUCACCUGGUGGUGGUGAGGAGCUGCAGCAUAUUCAGGUGGGAGCUCGAGCUGAAGCGCUGGUGUCCUGGGCUCAAGACCCUCCUGUACGUUGGCAGUCGCCGGGAGCUUAAAGCAAAGAGACAGGGGUGGGCCGAGCCCAGCAGCUGCAACGUUUGCCUCACAUCCUACAAGCAGUUCUUCCGGGGCCACGCAGCAUUUGCACGGGCACGCUGGCGGUGCCUGGUCAUGGAUGAGACACAGCGCAUGAGGGCCAUGAGCGAGCGGCACUGGGAGGCUGUGUUUGCCCUGCACAGCCAGCAGCGCUUGCUGCUGAUGGAUGCACCCCCGCAUAACACCCUCGCAGAGCUGUGGACCAUGGCGCACUUCCUCAUCCCAGGCAUCUCCAGGCCCUACCUGCACUUCCCGCUGAAGGCCCCCAGUGAGGAGAACCAGGACUACUACCACAAAGUGGUCAUUCGGCUGCACCGGGUAACGCAGCCAUUCAUCUUGAGGAGAACUAAAAGGGAUGUGGAAAAGCAGCUGACCAAGAAAUAUGAACAUGUCUUGAAGUGCCGUCUGUCUGCUAGACAGAGAGCCUUGUAUGAGGACGUGAUUCUGCAGCCCAGCACCCAGGAAGCUCUGAAGAGCGGGCACUUUGUGGACGUGCUGAGCAUCUUACUGCGGCUGCAGCGCAUCUGCAACCACCCAGGGCUGGUGGCUCCCCGACUCCCAGAGUCCUCCUACACGGCAGGCCCACUGCAUUACCGCGCCGCCUCUCUGGUGCUCAAGGCCCUGGACAGAGACUCCUGGCAGGACACCGACCUUUCCAUGUUUGACCUCAUUGGCUUGGAGAACAGGAUGACUCGCCAUGAAGCCGAGCUGCUGUGUAGGAGGCAGGCCACGCGGAAACUCCUUGAGGAGCUGCUGACUGCACCCCCCCCACCGGGCAGGCCGGCCACCGUCAGGCUGAAGCCCAGCAGGUUAUUCCAGCCUGUGCAAUAUGGACAGAAGCCUGAGGGCCGCACGGUGGCCUUCCCCAGUGCACACCCGCCCCGCACGGCUACCAGUGCCACUGCCACGCCCCAGGGCCACGUGCGAGGACGGCCCCCCAUUGCCACCUUCUCUGCAAACCCAGAUGCCAAAGUGGCCCCGUUUCAGAGCUCUCAGGCGUGCACCGGCGCUCCGCGACACCCACCUGCCUCGACCUUCAGCCCAGCGCCUAGCCCAGCCCGUCCUGCGAAACUGCGGGCACAGACCACUGCCCAGGCGCCGGCCCCAGGCCCGCCCCAGCCCCAGCCCCAGGCCCCCUCGCUCCCGGCCGGGCAGAGCACACUGCCACAGGGGCUGGUGCUCACCUCGCAGGCCCAGGCGCGCCUGCCCAGUGGGGAGGUCGUCAAAAUUGCCCAGCUGGCUUCCCUCUCGGGACCGCCAAGUCGUGUGGCUCAGCCAGAGACCCCUGUGACUUUGCAAUUCCAAGGGAACAAGUUCACCCUGUCUCACAGCCAGCUGCGGCAGCUUACAGCCGGACAGCCCCUACAGCUUCAAGGCAGCGUCCUCCAGAUCGUGUCUGCACCUGGGCAGUCCUACCUGCGUCCUCCAGGCCCUGUGCUGAUGCAGACAGUGUCUCAGGCAGGAGCCCUCCAUGCCCUGGGGAGCAAACCCCCGGCCAGUGGCCCUGGCCCUGCCCCCUUGCCCCCACAAGGUGGUGUGCCCGGUCGGGUGGCAGUGAACCCCAUGGCUGCUGGUGAGCCUGGAGUGGCCCCCAAGCCCACCUCUCCUCUCAGCGUGCCUACCCAGGAGGAAAAGGCCAGGCUUCUGAAGGAGCGACUGGAUCAAAUUCACCGCGUCAAUGCGCGACGCUGCGCCCGGUCCCCCAUCUAUGGCCGGGACCUGCUGGGUGUCUGCUCCCUCGCUGGUGGGGGGCAGAUGUCCUGGCUCAAGCCCGGGUGCAGCAGCCAGGGUAGGGGCUGUGGCAUGCUGCCCGUGGACACACAGAGGGGCCUGGUUCUGACACUGGCGGAGCGUCAGGAAGCCCUGCAGGAUGUCGUGGCCAGGGUGGCAUGUGUGAUCCCUCCAGUGGUGGCUGCGCCCCCAUCUCUGUGGGUGGCUCGGCCACCCCCCCUCUAUAGCCAUAGACUGCGCGUGCUCAGGCACCACCUCAAGGAGCGUGUGGCACCCCACGCCCAGCAGCUGCAGCACCUGACCACUCCACGUUCCCUGCGCUUUCCGGAGCUCAGGCUGGUCCAGUUUGACUCAGGGAAGCUGGAAGCACUUGCUGUGCUACUGCAGAAGCUGAGGACAGAGGGACGCCGUGUGCUGAUCCUGUCCCAGAUGCUUCUGAUGCUGGAUAUCCUGGAGGUGUUCCUGAACUUCCACUACCUCACCUAUGUGCGGAUCGAUGAAAACGCCAACAGCCAGCAGCGGCAGGAGCUGAUGAGGAGCUUCAACAGAGACAGGCGGAUCUUCUGUGCCAUCCUCUGUACACACAGCCGCCCCUCAGGUGUUAGCCUGGUGGAGGCCGAUGCGGUGGUGUUCUACGACAGCGACCUGAACCCGGUGAUGGACGCCAAGGCCCAGGAGUGGUGUGACCGCAUCGGGAGGCGCCGGGACGUGCAUGUGUUCCGGCUCGUGAGCGGCAACUCCAUUGAAGAGAAGCUGUUGAAAAAUGGAACCAAAGAUCUGAUCCGGGAAGUGGCUGCUCAGGGCAACGACUACUCCAUGGCCUUCCUGACACAGCGGACGAUACAGGAGCUGUUUGAGGUUUACUCACCCAUGGAUGACACAGGCUUCCCAAUGAAGGCCGAGGAGUUUGUUGUCCUUUCUCAGGAACCUUCUGUCACAGAAACCAUCGCUCCCAAAAUCGCUAGGCCGUUCAUCGAGGCUCUCAAGAGCAUUGAGUAUCUGGAGGACGGUACAGACAGACCCUUUGAGGAAGCAUUGCCAGGUGGCCCCGACAGCCCACUGGGGUGUCCUGAGCCCUCGCCCUCAGAAGAAUUGGCAGACUUCAUGGAGCAGCUUACACCUAUUGAAAAAUACGCUUUGAACUACCUGGAGUUGUUUCACACUGCCGCUGACGAUGAGGAGAGGAGUCGGGAGGACACCUUGGUGAGUGCAGUGCGUGCAUGGGAAUGCCAGAACGCCAGGGCCCUGCGGGAGGAGGCGGCCAAGGCACGGCGGGAACGCGAGCAAGAGGAGCUGCUCACCUACACAAGGGAGGACGCUUACCGGGCGGAAUACAUCUACGAAGGAGCUGAUGGGCAGACGGAAGCCAUGCCGCUCUGGACCCCACCCACGCCCCCCCAAGACGACAAUGACAUCUACACCGACUCAGUCAUGUGUCUCACGUAUGAGACCACCCCCAUCCCAGAGUCGAAGCUGCCCCCUGUGUAUGUGAGAAAGGAGCGCAAGCGGCACAAGACAGACCCCUCAGCUGCAGGGAGAAAGAAGAAGCAGCGCCAUGGCGAGGCUGUGGUGCCGCCCCGGUCGCUGUUCGACCGAGCUGCACCAGGCGUGCUAAAGGUGCGGAGGGAGGGCAAGGAACAGAAGAAGAACAUGCUCCUGAAGCAGCAGACGCAGUUUGCCAAGCCCUUGCCCACUUUUGCCAAGCCCACGGCCGAGGCUGGCGCCGACAACCCCGAGUGGCUCAUUAGUGAGGACUGGGCGCUGCUGCAGGCUGUGAAGCAGCUGCUGGAGCUGCCCCUGAACCUCACCAUUGUGUCGCCGGCUCACACACCCAACUGGGAUUUGGUCAGUGAUGUUGUCAACUCCUGUAGCCGCAUCUACCGCUCGUCCAAGCAGUGCCGGAACCGCUAUGAGAGCGUGCUUAUCCCCCGGGAGGAGGGCAAGAGUAAGAACAACCGUCCACUGCGCACAAGCCAGAUGUAUGCCCAGGACGAGAACGCCACGCACACCCAGCUAUAUAGCAGCCACUUUGACCUUAUGAAGAUGACGGCCGGGAAGAGGAGCCCCCCCAUCAAGCCUCUGCUUGGCAUGAACCCCUUUCAGAAAAACCCCAAGCACGCCUCUGUGCUGGCUGAGAGUGGGAUCAACUACGACAAGCCACUUCCCCCCAUCCAGGUGGCAUCUCUCCGUGCAGAGCGCAUCGCCAAGGAGAAGAAGGCACUGGCUGACCAGCAGAAGGCUCAGCAACCAUCUGUGGCACAGCCCCCACCGCCACCCCCACCACAGCCGCAGCCCCCGCCACCGCAGCCCCCACCACCACCUCUGCCUCAGCCCCAAGCAACAGGCAGCCAACCCCCAGCAGGGCCACCAGCUGUCCAGGCCCAGGCCCAGGCCCAGCCAUCACCUGCCCCUGUCCCACCCAAGGUGCCACCCGCCAUCACCACGGUGGGCAGUGCUGCUGUGCUGCAGGCAGGCACCAUUAAGACAUCCGUCCCAGGUUCAAGCAUGCCAGCAGGCACCGUGAGUGGGAACGUAAUUGUGAACACCAUUGCUGGGGUGCCUGCAGCUACCUUCCAGUCUAUUAACAAACGCCUGGCUUCACCUGCGGCCCCUGGGGCCCUAACCGCUUCUGGAGGUGCCGCUCCUGCCCAGGUGGUCCACCAACAGCCACGAGCGGUGGGCUCCCCAGCCACGGCCCCAUCUGACCUGGUGUCCCUAGCACCCACCCAAGGUGUUCGUGCCGUCACCUCUGUGGCUGCCUCAGCUGUGGUCACAACCAGCCUCACCCCAGUACAGACCCCAGCCCGGUCUCUGGUAACUCAGGUGUCCCAAGCCCCAGGGGUCCAGCUCCCUGGGAAGACCAUCACCCCGGCACACUUCCAGCUGCUCCGACAGCAGCAGCAGCAACAGCAGCAGCAGCAGCAGCAGCAGCAGCAGCAGCAGCAGCAGAGCCCUCAGGUGCAGGUCCCGCAGAUGCAGGCCCAGGCCCAGGCCCCUGCGCAGAUCAAGGCCGUGGGCAAGCUGACACCGGAGCACCUGAUCAAAAUGCAGAAGCAGAAACUACAGCUGCCCCAGCAGGCGCCCCCACCACAAGCCCCUCCGGGCCCCCCGCCGCCAACAGCUCAAGUGCAGGUGCCACCACCACCACCCUCCCAGCAGCAGAGCCCCCAGCUCACCACAGUUGCUGCCCCCAGGCCCGGAGCGCUGCUCACAGGCACCACUGUGGCCAACCUGCAGGUGGCCCGGCUUACCCGGGUUCCCACGUCGCAGCUGCAGGCUCAAGGGCAGAUGCAGGCCCAGGCGCCCCAGCAGGCUCAGGUGGCCUUGGCAAAGCCUCCAGUCGUGUCUGUGCCUGCAGCUGUGGUGUCCUCACCGGGCGUCACGACCCUGCCCAUGAACGUCGCUGGGAUCAGCGUGGCCAUCGGGCAGCCACAGAAAGCCACAGGACAGACGGUUGUGGCCCAGCCCGUGCACGUCCAGCAGCUGCUGAAGCUCAAGCAGCAGGCCGUACAGCAGCAGAAAGCCAUCCAGCCCCAGGCUGCCCCCAGCCCAGCCGCUGUGCAGCAGAAGAUUACAGCACAGCAAAUCGCUGCUCAGGGCCAGCCUCAGAAGGUCACUUAUGCAACCCAGCCAGCCCUGAAGACCCAGUUUCUCACCACGCCCAUCUCCCAGGCCCAGAAGCUGGCUGGGACACAGCAGGUGCAGACCCAGAUCCAGGUGGCAAAGCUCCCUCAGGUGGUCCAGCAGCAGGCAUCCGUGGCCAGUGUCCAGCAGGUCGGCUCUGCACCCCAGCAGGCCUCCCCACAGACGGUGACCCUCACCCAGGCCACCUCAGCUGGGCAGCAGGUCCAGAUGAUCCCCGCGGUGACAGCCACAGCGCAGGUGGUCCAGCAGAAGCUCAUGCAGCCACAGGUGGUGACCACAGCAGCCCAGCUGCAAGCACCAGGAGUGCCCGGCCCCACACAGGCUCCUGCCAGCUCCGACAGCCCUGGCCAGCAGCCCAAACUGCAGAUGCGCGUGCCAGCCGUCAGGCUAAAGACCCCCACCAAGCCUCCAUGCCCCUAGCCGGCAGUGGGCAUCUGAGGCCACCUGCCCAUGCCAUUGUCCAGGCAGACUGGACAGACACUGUCCUCCAGACUGUGGGCCAGUGUCAUGGGACGUGCUAGGCGGCCAUUGACCACUGUGCUGUGCACUCAUUAAAAUACACCCACAGCAUGGGGCAGCCUCCUUGCUGGCUAGUGCCCCUUCUGUGCAGUGGCGGACGGGAGGCAUGACAGUGGCUGUCUCUCCUGGUCACUUCACCUCUCACCUCCCCUUAGAGCAGUAGUGUGGGGUGCAGAGAGCCUUCAGGGGGUCUGUCGGUGUCCCAGAGUUCCUGGCCGUAUGAAAGGAGGGGCCUAAGGCACUGGGCCCUACCAGGUUUGAGCCGUGAGUCCUGUGCACUGGGUGGUGCGUCCCUUCCUUGGCAUCACCCUUGCCCACACCAGGGCGCUCAUAUACCUGCAUAAACCACCCAGAGAAACAGCCAAGGUCUCCAACCUUCCAGGGUCUAGGGGUAAAGGUCAGCACCACUGCUAGAGGCCUCAUGGGCUUUCUGCUGUCCCAGGGGCCUGUGGGCUGGGCAGGGCAGGCCUAGUGACUGCUGUGUCCAGUGUCAAGACAGACCCUCUGGUGACCUCUUUCUGGCUGGUGACAUCUGCUUCCCCUAAAGCAUCCUACAGGCCAGAAGGGCCACUCCACUGUCUGUGCUUGCCUGAGAUGUGGGAGGCUGGCACCAAGCCCACCUGCUCUGGGUUGUACACACCUCUGCCCACCACUCCCUUGACCUCUGUGACAGGCACCCACCCUGUUCUUUCCUCAACCAUGUGUCCAGGUAGUGAUGUCCCGUGACGCAAUCCAGAGACUUAUUUCUGAGUUCUCAGAGAAACCUGAAAAAAGUAAAAAUGGCGUUGUCAGCAAAAUGUGGGGAAGAGGCGGCAGUGGCGCACAUCCACAGCCACGCAGGCCGGCACCCGACCUGCAUCCUCAAGGACGCCCCGCUACCCAGGCCUGCAGGGAGCCCAAUCUCUGCCCACAGAGCCUCUUCUCACUCAGUUUAUUUGUUCCCUUGUCUGUCACAGAGGUGGUCUCCCAGGAAGGGUGUUGGAGAGCUGAGUGUUCCAGUUCCGGGGAGACACCUCUUGAGAGCGUUCAAAGGAGCGUGUAUUUGCCUCACAUCCCCACAGCAGGGCAGAGCAGAGCGCAUGCUCUGGGCUGUCUAGUUGGGGGGGGGGGGGGGGGGUCUUCCUGCCCGCUUGUUUGUGCAGUCUUGUGUUUCAGAGGUUAAGCUUUGCCAGUUGAAGAGUUAAGGGCGUGUCGGGCCUGCUUUCUGCGCCCUGGGCCAGGGUGGCACCAAGGACACUCCUGCGAAGGCUCCUCGCCCCGAACACCUGCAUUCCCGUGGUCAGCUCGCUGUGUGAAUGCUAUAGGAACGAGGCUGAGAUUGUAAAUACUUUGUAAACAACUGUUUGUACUUGAACAGUAAGGUUUUAAAGCGUGCCGAUGUCCUAUCAGACAAAAGGUAUAAUAAAUGGCC